AGUCUUCCUGUAACACAAACACCAACGAAGGAAAAGUGCAGGAAGUGGAGCAUUAGAAAAUGGUCUUCAAAACCUGAGCUCGUGCUGCAGUCUACCUGAGUGACGCCCUUCUCCGUUCUAGUACUUUCUGCACAAUGGGGGUGUACGGCCUGACGAGUUAUGUAGAAGGAAACCAGCAGUUUUUCACAGAUCUGAAGCUGAGGAACACCCUUCUUGUGAUUGAUGGCUGCAGUCUGUAUUUCCGUCUGUACUUUACCACUGGCUUGGACCAGAAAAGGGGAGGGGACUAUGAUGCAUUUGCUAAUGUGGUUCACCGUUUUUUUGCCACACUGUCUUCAUGCAACGUGAGUCCAUUUGUGGUUUUAGAUGGUGGAAUGGACGAGACCGAUAAGAAGUUCAAAACCCUGCGCGAGCGAGCUCAGAGUAAAAUACACGAAGCCCAUAACCUGUCCCGAGGGUGUCAUGGCAGUGUUCUGCCCCUGCUUACACGUGAAGUCUUCAGGCAAGUCCUCUGUGAACUUGGUGUACCCUUGGUGCAGUGUAUCUCUGAAGCUGACUUUGAGAUUGCCUCUCUAGCACAUCAGUGGCAAUGUCCAGUCCUGACCAGUGACAGUGACUUUUACAUCUUUGAUUUGUGUGGUGGCUACCUGCCCAUGAAUUUUUUUGAGUGGGAAAAUGUUUGCAGUAAGGCCUCAGAGCCUUACAUUCCUGCCCGUCGAUUCACCGUUAACCGCUUUUGCUCACACUUCAACCACAUGAACAAGCAGCUGCUGCCGCUGUUUGCUGUCAUCAGCGGCAAUGACUACACGCAUGCAAAAACCACAGAGACCUUCUUCAGCCGAGUGAAAUUACCGACAGUACUGAGACGGAGGGGAAGCCAAUUAAACACCCGGAUUGAAGGCUUUUUGCUCUGGCUGUCGGUGUUUACCAGCCCUGUGGCUGCACUAGAGGAAGUGCUAGAGAUCCUGGGAGGCAAGCAGAAAGGCAACCUCCGGAAGCAAAUCACAGCAGGGAUUCAGGACUAUCAGCUUCCAUCUACCAGCAGUCUGGCCCAGUUCUUCUCAAACAGUCAACUACAUACAUAUGAUCUGCAGAAGCUUCCAGCAGCAUUGAUGUCACAGCCAGAGUGGCUCUUGAAGCAGAUCACGUCAGGUCGGCUGCCCCCUCUGGCGCUGGAUAUUCUGGUGCUCCGGAGAGCCAUUUUGAUAGCUCAGGUAGAGAAUAGUCGUCUGCCUAGUAGUCAUGAAGCCUCACUGAAAAUUCGCAAGAUGAUCUAUGGCCUGCUCCUUCUCAGGAAUGUGAUGCAGGGUAAUGCUGGUUGUGGACAGAGGGGUAGAGGACGGGGAGGAAUGAAGAGAGAAGGGAUGACUGAUCAGGCUCAGAGUGCCUCGUGUGUUGUGGAGGAGUAUGACAGGCUUGAGCUCAAUCUAAGGAGAACCACAGUGGAGGUUCAGCUACCCACACAGCUUCCACAGCUGAGCCUGAACACUUUAGACCAGGUGGCCAUAUCUGUGAGGCGCAGGGUGUUGUUAGGUACUCUAGGGGUGAUGGAGCAGGUGCUGCAGCCUGUUGAACCACAUCUCCACCUGCCGGUGUGUGUGACAUAUUUUUGGGUUCAUUCCUCCAAACCAAAGCCCAGCCCCUCACUGCUGCAGUGUGUGCUGCUAGGGCUAGUGUAUGGUGAAGUCUGCAGAUGCAGGUCCAUGUUUCGAGAUCCAGUGCAGGCGUGUGCUUCUGCUGCCAUCGUCUGCCAGAGAUUAGACCAACUGAGAAUUCACCCCAGUCAAAGGAGUGGUGUAGACUUGGGUGUGGCUCAUUCUCUUAGCCAAUGGCAGUCUUGUAUGUGGGCGGGGAUUUACCUGAACCAGCUGAUGUGUUUCCCGGUCCCUGAGCCUCACUGUGCCUGGCUGUUCAGUGGUACUUUGCUGCAUGGAUUAGAGGCUGUACUGAGAAGAGGUCAGCAGUGUCCUGAGUCCUUGCUGGCUGCUGCCCCUGUUGCCCUGCAGCUCUACUCCACCCUGUUUGGGGUCAUACAGGGGUUUGUUGUCCACCACCAGGCUGCCCAACACAUUGCACCGUUUCCAGCAGCAACAGCAGGACCCAGCAGGCCGAGAGGAAAGGGCAGACGGCAGCGGGGUUCUGUUGGCCCAGGGAGGCGGAGAGGACGUCGAGGGGGCGUGGCUGCUGGUGGUGAUUUGAAUAACAGGUUUGGGAUGCUCACCUGUGAGGACGAGUCAGAUGAGGUGUGAAAAGAGGAGGAGUUUCAUGAAAUUUCCAAAUGAAUUCAUUCCAGUUAUUUUAUUCCAACUUCAGGAUUAUAUCUCCGUGAAAUAGUUCUAUAUUCAUUCAUAACAUAACUUUAUGAUGCAGCUGUGCCUUUGCCUCAUUCUUACAGAACAGGUGCCUGAGUGCUUUUAAAAGAAAAAAAAUGUACAUUUUUCUAGCAUCUCAAAUAAAAUUACUACCAAAGACGCUACAGUAAUCUUGUCAAGAUGCCUUAUAAUGUGCAUGAAUGUGUUUUUAACGAUUUUUAAACUUUUUUUUUAAAUUCUGCACUUAUACAGUCUGUAGAACACAAUGAAAUGAAAUGAAAUGAAAUGCCUUGUUUACUUUUCUUGCCAUGAAGUAAAGCUUGAGGAUGAAUGGUAUGAUGUGGUAGCACUGGAGGAUCUUAGCAUUGUUAAGGGUGCUGUUUACGCUUCAGACAUUGUGUAAAUAUUGUGCUAAUCAUUCCAGUUUGUACAAUGUUCAUUGUGAAAAAGAGGAUGUUUGAGAAAUGUGAUGUUUGAGUGUGCUUUGUGUCUCAUCUCAGUGGAUCACUGAAGGUUCUGUUUGUUUAAGAUGGGAUGGAUUUAGCUGGCAGUUUGAAUGCGAUUGAAAGUGUUUAAACCCAACACUAUAUACUAAAUCCACAGAAAUAACGUCUAUGAAUUUACAGCUGUCUUUUAAUUCCAUCUGUUUUAGUAGGAACAAAAAUCUCUAAUCUCUAAAAUCUCUAAUAAUUGAAGUAAUUGAAGUGUUUUAGAAAUGUUUCAUUGGAAUCAUUGCAACGAUAUCUGUUAAUGUUUACAUGAUAACUUUUAAGCGAAUCAUGAACUUUUAAAUAUUCUGUUAAUUUGACACCCUUGUGAAAGUUUAUACACCAAAACAGUGUUUAGAUUUUUCAUUAAAGUUGAACA